AUGUUCAGGAGGAAUUGGAAUUGUGCUACCUUGUAUUCCAGACUCGUCAAUUCUUCAUCUUCUUCAUCAACUUCUUCGUCUCUUCACAACUUUACUCAUCUCCGUUCCUCUUUCUCUUCUUCAUCGUCUCCCAAUCUCCAUCUCGCACCUUCUGUUGCCGCCUCUAAAUCAACCGAUCUACUCUCCCUCGUCCGCCACUAUGGAAACUGCUACUCCGAACUCUCCAAAGCCCGUCUCAGCUUGCUCGUGGUUGCAACUUCUGGGACUGGAUUUGUGUUGGGGAGUGGCGGUGCUGUUGAUCUCUCCGCACUUUCUUAUACUUGCUUGGGUACCAUGAUGGUUGCUGCAUCUGCUAGCACUUUAAAUCAGGUGUUUGAAGUAAAAAAUGAUGCUAUAAUGAAGAGAACGAGUCAGAGGCCAUUACCCUCGGGACGCAUUACAAUACCUCAUGCAGUUGGCUGGGCAUCUUCUGUUGGUUUGGCUGGCACCGCCCUACUGGCGACCCAGACUAAUAUGUUAGCUGCUGGGCUUGCUGCUUCCAACCUGAUUCUGUAUUCAUUUGUAUAUACACCAUUGAAGCAGAUUCAUCCCGUAAAUACAUGGGUGGGUGCUGUAGUUGGUGCUAUUCCACCACUUUUGGGAUGGGCUGCAGCUUCUGGUGAUAUUUCUCUAAAUAGUUUGAUUCUUCCGGCUGCUUUGUAUUUUUGGCAGAUACCACAUUUUAUGGCACUUGCGUAUAUGUGCCGUGAUGACUAUGCUGCCGGAGGGUUUAAGAUGUACUCUCUUGCUGAUAUGUCUGGGCACAAAACUGCGGUGGUGGCUUUGAGGAACUCCAUAUAUCUAAUCCCUUUGGGAUUCUUGGCAUAUGAUUGGGGUGUGACUUCUGGAUGGUUUUGCCUCGAGUCCACUGCACUUACACUUGCAAUAAGUGCCGCAGCGUUUUCAUUUUACAGAGACCGUACUAAGGAAAGAGCUAGAAGAAUGUUUCAUGCCAGUCUUCUUUAUCUCCCCAUUUUUAUGGCUGGACUACUAAUUCACCGUCGCACGGAUAACCAACAAUUCUUAGAAGUCAAUGCAGAGGGUUUUGUGAAAUCUUCAUCUUCCGUGGAAUCUUCAGAUACGGAUGAUAAAAAUGGUAAUCAGAAGAUCAAGGGCCGACAAGGGAACCGAGCACGGCCGCCUGUAGCAUAUGCUUCCUGUGCACCUUUCCCGUUUUUGCCUGCUCCUUCGUACGACAUUGCUUAA